CGGUGGAUCAUAACCACUAGCGACGGUGGACACCCCUCUCAUAUCAACAACCCAAAACCCCCUGUGCGUCUCACAUUCAUCUGCAACCGUAUUCCGUUGAUUAUAACACGAAUUGAAUUUCGAGCCAUGAAAUUAGCUUCGAUAAUUCAAAAUGGGAUGCAUCACCCGCUUAAAUUUGAUUUGGGAGUGGGAUUGCUUAGAUUUACUCCAGUUUCAACUUCUACUCGGUAUCCUAAAUGGGUUCAUCUUCAAAUCACUCAUUUCCCCAAUCGUUCCUUCAGUUCAGGUGUUUGUCGAAAUCGUUGGACGCGGAAGUUAUCGAUUGUACGCUCGAAAGGAGUUGAACAAGAAGAAGGAUCUGUUUCUUCAGAGAGGGAGACAUCCUCCUCCAAUCCAUUCGAUGACACCACCAAAUCUAAAGGCCAUCUCAUUAUUGAUGAUGUUCUAGAAGAAAAGACCAAAGAUGUUGAAAAUUACAAGACAUCUGUUAAAACUGUAGCCUUGUGCGUGUUCUCAGCUGUAGCAUUUGGUGUUGGUCUGGGAUUGAAAGAUGGAGUUGGAAAAGCAUCAGAAUUCUUUGCAGGGUACUUGCUUGAACAAAGCUUGUCUGUGGAUAAUCUUUUUGUGUUCGUUUUGAUAUUCAAAUACUUCAAAGUUCCACUUCCUUAUCAGAAUCGAGUGCUUUCAUAUGGUAUAUCUGGUGCAGUAAUCUUUAGAUUGUCAUUAAUACUUCUUGGAACUGCAACACUUCAGAGGUUUGAGGCUGUUAACUUGCUACUGGCAUCAAUACUUCUGUACUCAUCCUUUAAGCUGUUUUUUACUGGUGAAGAUGAUGAUGAGGAUCUAUCAGAAAAUUUUAUUGUGAAGACAUGCCAAAAGAUUAUUCCUGUAACAUCUCAAUAUGAUGGCAAUAGGUUUUUUACAGUUGUGAAUGGAGCUUGGAAAGCUACACCUUUGCUUCUAACUGUAGCAGUAAUUGAACUCAGUGACAUUGCAUUUGCUGUUGACUCUAUACCUGCAGUUUUUGGUGUGACAAGAGAUCCCUUCAUUGUUUUUUCAUCUAAUCUCUUUGCCAUUUUAGGUCUACGAUCUCUAUAUACACUGAUUUCAGAAAGCAUGGCAGAAUUAGAGUAUCUACAGCCCUCCAUUGGCAUAGUUCUGGGCUUCAUUGGAUGCAAAAUGAUCCUAGAUUUCUUUGGGUAUCAUGUAUCAACUGAGGUUUCUCUAGGAUGUGUAGCCACUACUCUUAGUGCUGGGGUUCUGCUGAGUUUGUUGAAGAAAUCAGCUUAGAAUUUGGUCAUUCUUGAAAGAAACUAAAAAAAAAAAAAAGUAGUGAUCUAUUGAAUAGAAGGAGAAUUUUGAGAGAUUGUUAAAUCUUCAUUUCUGUGUAAACAUGUGAUGAAGCAUGACAAGCAUCUCGUUGAUCAUCUUCUAUGAAUAAUAAUAAUAAUAAUGCAUUUUUGUUUGUUAAUAA